AAACGACGUAGCAGAAGGGGUACUGUUAAAUAGGAACCAGCUAUUUAGGUAAAGAGAUUCGCAUACAUAAAUUAGGGUUUUCGAGAAGCCGUCGUCGCCGAAGAAGAGGAGCAGCAGCACAGUCACUUCUCCUUCUGCAACCCUAAUCCCACCUCGCCACCAUGGGUCGUAUGCACAGUCGCGGUAAGGGUAUUUCCUCUUCUGCUUUGCCUUACAAGAGGACCCCUCCUAGCUGGCUCAAGAUCUCUUCUCAAGAUGUGGAGGAGAAUAUAUGCAAGUUCGCGAAGAAGGGUUUGACCCCAUCCCAGAUUGGUGUCAUUCUUCGAGACUCACACGGUAUUGCUCAGGUCAAGAGCGUCACCGGAAGCAAAAUCCUCCGCAUUCUCAAAGCUCACGGACUUGCCCCUGAGAUUCCUGAGGAUCUCUACCAUUUGAUCAAGAAGGCAGUGUCGAUUAGGAAGCAUCUUGAGAGGAACAGAAAGGACAAGGACUCCAAGUUCAGGUUGAUUCUUGUUGAGAGCAGAAUCCACAGACUUGCUCGUUACUACAAGAAGACCAAGAAGCUCCCACCUGUGUGGAAGUACGAAUCAACAACUGCCAGCACUCUGGUUGCAUAGAGAUUGAUUGGAUUUUCAUCUUUUCUGCUUCUCUCUGCGGUUGCUGCUGGAGUACUAGUAGUUGCCAUAUGAUUGAGGGUUUAUUAGGAGGAUAGAUAGGGAUGUGGUGUCUUAGUGUUUGCUGAGGAUACUUGAGCUUGUUUAAUUCAUGGAUGUGUUGUCAUUUUCUAUUUUAAUUGUUUUAAUUAAAGAACGAGCUGCUGUCAUUUCAAGACAUGGCUGACUGCAGUUUUCGGUUUUUAUUAAUGUAUGCUUAAAAGUUUUGAAGAA